CGUAUAUAUAUAUACACGCAGCGAUAAUCUAUGUAUACUCACCUCAUCUGUUUUCAGUUCGAAAUUCCGAAAAGUUUUAAUCCCAUCUCCCUCUUUCCCUCCAAUCUCCAUCCGUUCAUUCUGCAAAUAGAACAAAAAAGUAUUCUUGCAAUCUCACUAGCAAAUCACUUUUGCAAGAACUCAAUCGGUACCAGUUCACAUAAUUAAAUACAAAUACGUAUACACAUGAAACGGGGUUAUCAGCAAUCUUCCCCGUCAGGUUCUCAUGGACCCCCUCAAUCCAAACCCAGAUAUAACCCUGAAGGGGAUGAACAAUUUUUGGAGGAUGAGAGCACUAAGAUAUUUGCACAGAAGGUGGCUGAUCAUUACAGCGCAAGGACCAAUCAGACAUUGGAAGAGCGGGAAGCAAGCCCGAUUAUUCAUCUGAAAAAACUCAACAACUGGAUAAAGAGUGUUUUAAUUCAGUUAUAUGCUAAACAAGGAGACGCGGUUCUUGAUCUCGCUUGUGGGAAGGGUGGUGAUCUCAUCAAAUGGGAUAAAGCAAAGAUCAGUUAUUAUGUUGGAAUUGAUAUAUCAGAUGGCUCGAUAGAAGACUGUCGAACUCGAUAUAAUGGUGAUGCCGACCAUCAUCAGCGUCGAAAAAAGUUCUCGUUUCCUGCAAGACUCCUGUGUGGAGAUUGCUUUGAGGUUCGCCUGGAUAGGGCUUUGAUAGAUGAUGCUCCAUUUGAUGUUUGUAGCUGCCAGUUUGCACUGCAUUAUUCAUGGUCUACUGAGGCACGUGCAAGGAGGGCCUUGGCCAAUAUAUCAGCUUUACUUCGACCAGGAGGAGUCUUUAUUGGAACUAUGCCAGAUUCCAAUGUUAUCAUCAAAAAGCUAAGAGAAGCUGAGGGGUUGGCAUUUGGUAAUAGUGUGUACAGGGUAAGGUUUGGUGAGGAAUUUGCAGAGAAGAAAUUUAAGUAUUCAAGUCCUUUCGGCAUCCAGUACAGUUUCCACCUAGAGGAUGCUGUUGAUUGUCCUGAAUGGAUUGUGCCUUUUCCUGUCUUCAAAUUAUUAGCAGAAGAGUGUGAUUUGGAGCUGGUUUUUGUAAAAAACUUCCAUUUGUUCGUGGAUGAAUAUUUGAAGAAACCAGAAUUUGUUGAGCUCAUGCGGAGGCUUGGUGCACUGGGUGAUAACCAAGACCAGAGUACUCUUUCACCAGAUGAAUGGGAGGUGGCCUACUUAUAUUUGACCUUCGUUUUGAGGAAGCGAGGGAAACCAGAUCAACCAAGAACGAACAAUAGAAGAGACAGAGGAAAGAUGCAGUUGUCGAAGGAAGACAUUGUAUUCAUAAGAAAUGAUGUUUAAACGCUUAGUUUCAAGAACGUCCAAAUGGGACAAACAGCACAAAAUUUCAGUGUUGUGAAUGGCAAGCUCCGUCCUUGCAUUUAACUCAUCUCCUUGCCACAAAUAAUCUCGAGUUGCUUAUCAGUUUUGUGGAGAGCAGAAUAAGUUGGUAUCUCUGCAUGCUUAUGGCAGUGUAAUUCCCCCUUGCUGCUUGAUCUUUGUUGUUAGGUAGUAUUGUUGAUUAGUUAUAUAAAUUAACAAUACAAAUAAAAUAAUCUAUAACCCUUCGUUCCUUCUUGAAACGGAUUUCUACUGAUU